AUGUUCUGGCGUUUCGGCGGCUACGCCAAUAUUUCCACCCUCGACACCAUCCUCGACAAGCCCGAUGUCACCGUCGAAGAACUCCUAGACGAGAGCGACUUGAUCCAGGAACUGAAACAGCAGAACAGCAAACUCAUCGAGUUCUUGCGCGAGGAGCCUGUGCUCAAGAAACUCCUCAAGUAUGUCGUGACCAAUGACCAGCCCUCUGCCGAUGAGGGCGCGGAGAAGGAGAAGGCCGAGGAGAAAGAAAAGGAGGAGGAGGUGAAGAGUCCCGGGAUCUCAUUCUUUGGCAAAGGGAAAGCGAGGUCGAGAUCGAAGAGUAUCAGUAAGAAGACUGGGAGUGAUGAGGCGGGCGAGACGGAGCAUGAGAAGCAGGAGGCGCAGAGGAAGAAAUACGCUUAUGUGGCUUGUGAGGUGCUUUCUAGUGAAGUCUGGUCUAUUACCGAAGCGGUCCUGGAGCACCAGGAUCAUUUGAGGGAGUUUUGGCGGUACAUGCAGCAGCCUGCUCCUUUGGAUCCGUUGCAGGCUGGCUACUUCACGAAAGUCAACGAGGCUCUUCUGGAUAAGAAGACGGAGGAGAUGCUUGCUUUUUUCAAGUCAUUGGAUGGGAUUGUCCCGGCUAUGCUGCAGCAUGUGGAUUGUCCUAUGGUUAUGGAUCUACUGCUCAAGAUCAUCUCUUUGGAGAAGCACGAAGGUGGUGUAGGGAUUGUGGAUUGGCUGCAGACACAGGAUAUCAUUCCGGCGCUGCUUGCAUACUUGGGCCCCGAGCACAAUAAUGCCACGCAGACUUCGGCUGGAGACUUCUUGAAGGCUAUCAUCACAAUCUCGGCGAAUGCUACGACGCAGGAUCAAAGUGUCAUUGGGCCCAACGAAUUGACAAGGCAGCUGGUCUCGGAGGAGUGCAUUGAUACACUGAUCAAGGAGAUGCUGAGAGGUGGCAAUGCGUUGACGGUUGGCGUGGGUAUCAUUAUCGAGGUGAUUCGUAAGAACAAUUCGGAUUAUGAUGUCGACAGCCAAGUUGGACCGGACCCAAAAACAUCAGAUCCCAUCUACCUUGGAACUGCCCUUCGACAAUUCGCCAACCAUGUCCCGGACUUCAUGCACUUGAUCCGAUCGCCUUCAGCCAAGAAACAAGAUCUGAAAGCUGCAUUUGGCACCAGGAUCGAGCCGCUGGGUUUCGAUCGGUUCAAGACUUGCGAACUCAUGGCCGAACUCCUUCACUGCAGUAAUAUGGGACUGUUGAAUGAGCGCGGCGCAGAGGAAGAGGUGCGGAGAAGAGACGCCGAGCGUGAGAGGCUGAAGGCCGAGGGCAAGCUUGCUACGCCUCGGGCACCAACUACGCCCAUGAACGAUAAUAGUCAUGAUGAGUUUGGCAGCUCGGUGGACUCGCAUGGCUUUCAUCAUGCUGAGAGGCCGACUGAUGAUGAGAUGGGUGGUCGGAGUAGUGAGGGCAAAAAGCUUGAGGUCCAGAAUGCUUCUGAUGAGGAUGGGUUUGAGAAGGUGAACCCACGGGAUGCUGACGAUCUGCCGGACGAGGUGAGCUUCGAUGAUUUCAAUGAGAAGAUUGAACAGACGGGUCUACCUGCGCUGGAGAAAGUGGAGAAGCGUGAUCCCACGGAUCCUCAGAACAGAGUGACUGCAGCGGACACGGAUGUGCCUGCACCUCUAUCACCCGCGAAAGCGAAGUCGCCUACGAAGUCAUCAUUGCAUUUCGACCCGCCACCUACCAAAGCUGCGGGAGAUUCGCCGACAGCGGCUGGUGUGACGGAUAAGGUGGGGAAUUUCAGUAUGGACGAGGACACAGUAAUGACGGAGUUCGGUGAUGAUCUCCAAGAAACCGACGAUGAUGAUGGCCCGAGCGAGCUAGAGAAGCAAUUAGCUAUGGACGCCGCGAAGCCUGCGCCUUUGUCCUUUGGCAAGAAGCCGACUGCAGGUAUCGAAGCCGGAGACGCAGCGAUACCUGCCGGGUCCGAACACGAUUUGGAAGCCGGAAGGACGAGUGAUGAGUACCAGGAUAUUGACACAAGUAUUGCUACGAUUCAAGGUGAAGAUGUCAUGGCUGCGCAGUCUGGAGAGGAGAGGAAUGGGGAGAGAUUACCUUAUGAGAUCGAGGCAGACGGUAGUCCGGUUGUGGGCGAUAUGCUCAAGAUGCAGUUUGUUGAGCAUAAGGUUGUGCCGACUAUACUUGAUUUCUUCUUCCGCUUUCCGUGGAACAAUUUCCUCCAUAAUGUGGUUUACGAUGUGGUACAGCAGGUUUUCAACGGGACGCUGGAGCGUGGAUAUAAUCGGGCUCUGGCUUUCGACCUUUUCCAGACGAUCGCGGAGCACGACUCGUCAGCAUCCGAUGCAGUGAACGCGAAGAGCGCUGGUCUGGUUUCUAGGAAGGACAUCACCCAGCGGAUACUGGAUGGUCAAGCCGCCUCGAACCUGUCGCAGCAGAAUAAGGGGAUGCGGUUGGGAUACAUGGGACAUCUCACAUUGAUCGCAGAAGAAGUUUGCAAGUUUGGAAAUAGACAUCCCCCCGAGAUUCUGGAUCAGAACAUUCAUGACCGAGUCAAUCGACCUGAGUGGAACGCGUACGUAGAUGGUACCCUGACCGAAACACGCGAGAAGGACAAUGCCGUCCUCGGCGGUGUACGGCCAGAAAACGCGAUAGGAAUGCGGAACGGGUCCUCGAACCUCGGGAUCGGUGGCGGCGGAGGCUUUUCCAGUGGUCAACAGUCCGCUCUCGCGUCUGCUGGUCUCAGUGGUGUAGGUGCCGGUGUUUCGGCAGAGGACUCCUUGGCCAUGAGCGAAGGUACCGUCGGGCAGAGCUUCGAGAUCAACUCAGGAACUAUGCUUUCUGGGUUUGGAGACGGAGGGGACGACGAGGACGAGGACAUGCUGGAGGAUGAGGCUAUUACUGGACCGGGAGAUAUUAGAGAGAGGAGGCGGGCGGCACUGAGGAGUGCGUUUGAGGAUGACGAAAAUGCUACGCCUGAAUCACCCGAAGCAGAUAAGAGUCCGGCAGGUGGUGGCCAGGCAUCGAUACCACCACCUCUCAACAUCCCGCCUUCGCGAGCGAGGAGACAGUUAGCUGCUCGACUGGCGCAGAAGCGGAAGGAAGAAGAGGAAGGUGGCUCUUCUUCCGCCCUUGCCGACCCUGACUCGGAGGAUGCUGCGGCAUUGGAAACUGCUUCCCACUUACCGGCUGAGCCUGAUGAGAGCUCCAUCGACCUCAAGCCUGCUGCCGAGCUAGAUGUUGUUGAGGGUCUGAGCGGUGGCGUUGAUGGUCUUCAAAUUACGGGGCUGAGGACCGUGGGAGGCAUCAGCGGAAGUGGCAGCGCUAGCAAAUUCGAAGGACUGUUCGGAAGUGAGGACUCCUCUAGUGAUGACGAUGACGAUCAAGACUUAGAUGAGGACGAGGCUGGACGAGACGAAACUGCUUAUCGAAGUGGUGGCGACUACGAGGAUGGCGGUGCAGGUGGAUGGCGAGCAGGGGGUAAUCAACGACGACCUAGCACCACUGAAGCUAAAGAGCGUACGCCUUUGAGCGACGAUGAGGAUGAAGAUGAGGCUUCGCAAUUCGGCUCUGCUGUUUCGGCGAGGGGGUUGGGCUUCGGUGGUGGGCCGUUUGCAGAUCCGGAGGAAAUGGACGACGAUGACGAGGAGGAAGAUAGUGAUGAGGAGCUCGUUGAGAUACGGCCGCGGAGGACGAGCUGA